UUAAACAUUGUGAAGAAUGACCUGAUUGCCAAGGCAGACAAGCUCUCCAGUGAACACGAUGUCCUAAGGGAGGAACUGGAGGCUGUCAAGCAGUCCAAGCUCAAAGUGGGCACCAGGGUCAAGGAGCUGGAGGAGGAAAUGAGGAGGUUAAAAGCUGAGGCACUGGGAGCCGACUCCAAAGACGAUAGAGGCGAGGAUUACUCCUCUCCGCUCCAGGACGAUGUGCCCAUGGCCCAGCGGAGGCGUUUCACCCGGCUGGAGAUGGCAAGGGUCCUCAUGGAGCGCAACCAGUACAAGGAGCACUGGACCGAGAUGAUCAGGCGAGCUGAUCCCCAAAUACAGGAGAAGAAUCGAUGCACGUUCCAGCAGUUCUACGCCCGGCUCUUCAGUGCCUCCUGCAGUCCCCCACCCCCAAAGAGGCUGUCGCUUUCUGGCCCCUCCCAACUGCUCUUCCUGAGCUCCAGCUCCAUUCUCGUAGAGAGAGGAGUGAGUGCCAUCACCAGCCAGACAGAGAGGAACAUGCACGGCUGCGUGCUGUCCGCCCGGAGAGAGCAGCACCGCAAGCGGUACCGCCAGAUCCGGGAGCAAAUGCGCAGUGAGGACGGGCUCAGGCAGGCCUGCGACUCGAGUGUGCAGCCCCAAUUCAAAGAGGUCACAGUCUCUUUUGGGGCCCCUGUUCCAGGCCCCGUGGCUCCAGUGCUCAAUGGCAAGGCGAAUGCGUCCCAGCCUGCCGAGAAGGCCACUGAGGCAACGGAGGUGCCGGAUGCCCCCGGGGUGCAGGAGGCAGGGAGCCAGUCGAGGCCCUUCACCGAGCAUGUCUUCACCGACCCCCUGGCCCCCACUGGCAGCACCACUGCUGGCAGGGAAACAGUACCACCGAAAGAGGCCAUGAACGGGACGGCCCAUGAAGCAGAAGAAGGGGGUGGAGAAUCCAGAGGCGGCACCAGUGCCGCCCCCACCAUGUGGCUGGGAGCCCAAAAUGGCUGGCUCUACGUUCACUCUGCUGUCUCCAACUGGAGGAAAUGUCUACAUUCGAUAAAACUAAAGGACUCUGUCCUCAGUCUUGUGCACGUGAGGGGCAGGCUGCUGGUGGCCCUGGCAGAUGGGACACUCGCUAUCUUCCACAGAUCUGAAGAUGGUCAGUGGGACUUGAGCAACUAUCACUUGAUGGACCUGGGCCGGCCACGCCAGUCCAUCCGCUGCAUGGCCGUGGUGUACGACAAGGUGUGGUGUGGCUACAAGAACAAGGUGCAUGUUAUCCAGCCCAAGACCAUGCAGAUUGAGCAAUCGUUUGAUGCGCACCCACGCAAGGAGAGUCAGGUUCGCCAGCUGGCUUGGAUCGGGGACGGUGUAUGGGUGUCCAUCCGGCUAGACUCCACGCUACGGCUCUACCACGCCCAUACCCACCAGCACCUGCAGGACGUGGACAUUGAACCUUACGUCAGCAAGAUGCUUGGUACAGGCAAGCUGGGCUUCUCCUUUGUGCGAAUCACAGCGCUCCUGAUUGCGGGGAACCGUCUGUGGGUGGGAACUGGGAACGGAGUGGUCAUCUCUAUUCCACUUACAGAGACUGUAGUCCUUCACCGGAGACAGCUGCUGGGAUUAAGGGCUAACAAGGUGUCCCCGACCUCAUCCGGUGGCGUGAUCCACGUGUAUGCCGACAGCAGCUCAGAGAAGACCAGCGGCAGCUUCAUCCCCUACUGCUCCAUGGCUCAAGCACAGCUCUGUUUCCAUGGACACCGUGAUGCUGUCAAGUUCUUCGUCUCGGUUCCAGGCAAUGUGCUGGCCACCCUGAAUGGCAGUGUACUGGACAGCCCCACAGAGGACCCUAACUCAACAGCACCCCUGGAGGGUGAUGAUAAGGCUAUUCACAAUGCAUUGGUGCUGAGUGGUGGGGAAGGCUACAUUGAUUUCCAUAUAGGGGAUGGAGAAGACGAUGACACUGAAGAAGGUUCUGAAGAGGCCCCACAGAUCAAGCCGGCACUGUCAAAAGCUGAGAGGAGUCACAUCAUUGUAUGGCAGGUGUCUUACGUACCCGAGUGCCCCUCCUGAGUGCCCCUCCCUCUCUCCCUGUAUCUAACCCCCACCUUGACAUGCAUGUCCUCUCCACUUCACCAAACCAUAAUCAUCAGUUAACCCAACUGGCGAACCACCAAACAUUAUACUCUAUCUUCAAAAAUGAAGCUGCUGUGUUUUUCUGUACUGACUCUUUAUAGCCUGUUCGCAGUCAGACAACACACCACCUGACGACCUACUGCCCCCUUGUGGCCAGUUGUGAACAGCUUGUGGGCCCCAUCAGUUCUCCCAGCCUGGUAAUGGAGAAAUAGCUGUCCUUCUUAGACCACACCACUCUUAGGCCCAUUCUGGUUCACAUGCCCAGAACAAUUCAUCACUCUCAAGCCUCGCAACUCUUAGAAUUCCGCAUGCGCAUAAGAGAAUCAAAUAUAGGAAUUAAAUGAUCAUGUAACAACAUUACCUUAGUACUGUUUUAGUCCUGAUGUGAAUGCAUUUCAUGUAUCCAGAAUGAAUAAUGCAACAGAUAAUGUGGUAGAUGUUAUAACUAAU